AUGGUCCAUCACUGCCUCCGCGGCCCCCAAAAAGCUAUAGCAGCCUUAUGGCUGCUAAAACGCAGACAGAUUGCUAACUUGGCUACACAGCAAGGGACGCUGGGUACAUUGGCCAAUUUACCUGCCAAGCUGAUCAACGGAGGCAUUGCAGGAUUAAUUGGGGUCACCUGUGUGUUCCCAAUAGACUUAGCAAAAACACGGCUUCAAAACCAGCAAAAUGGCCAGCGGAUGUACUCUAGCAUGUCCGACUGCCUUAUUAAGACAAUCCGAUCCGAUGGCUAUUUUGGGAUGUAUAGGGGCGCUGCUGUGAAUCUUACCUUAGUUACACCUGAAAAGGCCAUAAAGCUUGCUGCAAAUGAUUUCUUCCGUCACAUGCUUUCCAAGGAUGGAAAGCAGUUAACCUUGAUCAAGGAGAUGCUGGCUGGUUGUGGUGCUGGGACCUGUCAAGUUAUUGUAACUACCCCUAUGGAGAUGCUGAAGAUCCAGCUGCAGGAUGCAGGACGUCUUGCCCAACAGAAGCUGAUGACAGCCCAGUCAGCAACGAGUUCCCCCGUGGAGAACACCAUCUCCAGUGCGAGUCAAACUACCUCCACCAUCAAAUCCCCACAGACUGCUACACAGAUCACCAAAGAGCUGCUGAGGAGCAAGGGAGUUGCUGGCCUUUACAAAGGCUUAGGUGCAACAUUGCUAAGGGAUGUUCCUUUCUCCAUCGUCUAUUUCCCACUCUUCGCUAACCUUAACAAACUGGGACAGAAGAGCCCAGAUGAGAGAGCUCCGUUUUAUGUAUCCUUCAUCAGUGGUUGUAUCGCUGGCAGCACAGCUGCUGUGGCAGUGAAUCCUUGUGAUGUAAUAAAGACAAGACUUCAAUCUCUUCAAAGAGGAGUGAAUGAAGACACAUACUCAGGGAUAGUAGACUGCACCAGGAAAAUCUGGAGGAAUGAAGGAGCAAGAGCUUUCCUGAAGGGAGCAUACUGCAGAGCCCUGGUCAUUGCACCUCUCUUUGGCAUCGCACAAGUUGUUUACUUCCUGGGAAUAGCAGAGACCAUGUUAGAGAUGCUUCCACGUAGACGAGAUUAACCCAUGGAGCACCUUUGCAAGACAUCUGGCCUGGUUUCACAGGAUUGAGCUGUUCCAUCAAGACUGUGGAAUAUGAGAAUUGAAGAGACAAGUGAAAAGGAGACCUGUUCAUUAACGAUGAAUACAUUUUAGAAAGCCCAUCUGAAAAUUUUGCCUUUGUGGACAGGAAACUACAGGGAAAAUACUAAGAAGCACUAUCGGAGAGGAAGAGUUUGGAAGGAAGACUUGAAGGUAGUCAUGGAAAUGAGAAACAGAUCCAAAGCAGAAGCUAAAGAGUCCCCCAAGUCUGCCACAUUGAAAACAAGCACCGCAGCUGGGGAUAAGAAGGAAUUUUCUGGCAAACAGCCUGAGCCUGCAAAUGCUCCUAAGAAACCAGCCGCUGAAGUGACUACAGCCAGUGAACCGAAGCCCACAGGGGACAGCUCAGUACCACCGCCGGCUGGUACCUCAGAACAAAAGAAGGCUGUGGAUACCCAGCCGGAAGGCCAGGAUAACAAGGAAGAUACGUCUGAAGGGCACCCCAGCAAUUUUUUUGAAAACAUGAAACCAUAUAUACUCGGAGGGGCUGCCAUCACGGCCCUUGCAGUACUCGUAGGUGUUGUGUUCAUACUACACAAGAAAUAAGAAAAUGUAUAAAAUUGUAUAUCAAUGCUGGUUCUUUUCUGCAUGUCUGUACAUUGAAGGAAAUACCUUCCAGCCCCUUUAAUUAGUAAUUGUACAACUGUGCUUACCACUGUAAGUCUUGGUUUAAAGUGAUGGUGUUUAACUCAGUGUCCAUACACAUUGCAAAACUUAUGAAUUAACCUGUAUAUUGUAAAGGUCGAUGUUCCCCCAGCCAUUCCUCCAUCCUCAUCUUGUACAGAGCUUAUAGCAAUGUAAAACGGGCCACACUUGUUCCCAUGCUAGCUUAACCCCAGUAAAACUUUUCACAAACUGUAGGUUCCCCCCUAUAAGCAUUCAGUGUAUAUCUUAUAUUCUCAGUAGGAAGCCUUGUAAAAGUAGCCCACUCCCUUGUAGCAAAUAAAAUGAGAUGUAUUUCAGCAGCAUGUAAACCAAGUAUUUUACUUUCCCCGGGGCCCAUCUCACAUCCACACGUCUCUCUCUCUUGCUACAAUCAUUGACAGCAAACUGCACCAAAAUAAAAACACCUUUAAUUGGAUCAUAACAAUGAUCAGAGGCACUAAGGUUAUGAGAACAAAAAAGAGGAAGGCAAAAUAACGAAGUGAUAGGAUGAAAGCAAUAAAUCUGAGUUCCACUCCGAACUCCCAUUCCUUCUAGAACUCACUAGUAGAUUCUCUGUGUGACUUGUUUUUGGGCCCAUGAGAGUAGUUAAUUCAACUAAUGAUGUCACAUUUAUUUUGACUUAAAACAAGCGUAUACAUGCAAUAAAAAGCUAAGUUUAAAAAAAAACACAAAUUACUAGUUGGAAGUUGAUAGGUAGAUUAGCUGUGCACAGUGUGACCCAGGCUGCUAUUAAUGUACCCAUCUCUCCUAUGCCCACAUACUCUGGACACUGCCUGUUAUUUUAAGUGUUGUAUCAGCUUUUAAGUGAACAGUAAGGUUGGCUAACAGAUGUGCUCGAUGUGGACUACAUAUUCUUUUUGCUGUACAUAAUAAACGAGUUGCUAUUAGUUAGAAUCCAAUGUCUAGCUAUUCUGUUGCUCUAAGGAAUGUAAUUCAAUAAAUUAAUAUUUCCGAA